AUACACAAAAAUUGUAUUAUAGAGUUCAAGCUUGACAUUCGUUCAUUGGAAUCCAUAAUUCUUUCAACUUUGAAGUGCAGUCAAUAUUGGGCACCUAUUUUAUCCAGUCAUACUCACGUCAGUUAAUUGACAACUCACAUAAAAUGAAAAAUUAGUGCAAUAAUUUUUAGACUUUUCAAACUGCGUUAGGUCAUUUUUUGUCAAAAAUUUAACGAAAUGUUGACAGGAAUGCAGAAAGUUUCAUUAGUGGCGUUGAUCGCCGGUGUCAUAAUGUCAUUUGCACUAACUGCAUCAGGGUAUUUUAGUCCACUCCCUUCAUCAAUUGUGCACACUAAAAACGGUCCGGUUCAAGGAUUUGUUGCAGUUUCCAGGGAUGGUCGAAACUACGCUGCCUACACUGGAAUCCCAUUCGCAGAACCACCAACAGCAGCAGAGCAGCUACGUUUUAAGCCUCCGGUCCCCAAAAAAUCCUGGAAUGAUGUUCUCAAAGCCAACCAAUUCGGUAAAGAUUGCUACCAAUUUGAUUCAAUGGUACGAGGAAAAUUUUCUGGAGAUGAAGACUGCCUUUAUUUAAAUGUGUACACGCCAAUAAUAAAUCAGAAGACAGAAAAACUGCUCCCUGUUUUAGUGUGGAUUCAUGGCGGAGGCUUUGUGAGCGGAGGAAGCGCAUUAUACAGUCCAAAAUAUUUCAUGGACCACAACGUCGUAGUGGUUUCUAUGAAUUACAGACUUGGGCCACUGGGAUUCCUUAACACAGGAGAAAGUAUUGUGAGUGGCAACAUGGGCUUGAAAGAUCAGCGAUUAGCCCUCCGCUGGGUUCAAGACAACAUAGCUGAAUUUGGAGGAAACCCAAAUAUGGUCUCACUUUUUGGAGAGUCGGCUGGUGCUGCAAGUGUUCACAGUCACAUAAUUUCUCGGUCGAGCAAGGAUUUAUUCAGCAGAGCUAUAAUUCAAUCAGGAUCAAUUGCAGCCCCUUGGUCGCUAAAUAACAAUCCGAUUCGUCAAGCAAAAGAGUACGGGAAGAAAGUCGGUUGUCCAAAUAGUGACAUGGAAGAAAUGGUUGCAUGUCUGCAACAACUGAGUCCAAGAGAGUUAACUCAGCCGAUGGUGGAUUUAAUGGAUAAAUCUCCAUUCACGCAUCAAGAUGACGUUUUCUCACCUUCCAUUGAACCUGAGACAGCUCAUGAGCCUAUUUUUACUGAGAACCCAAGAAUUUUAUUAGAACAAGGAAAAUUUAACAAGGUUCCAAUUAUAAUUGGAGUGACCAAUGGAGAAGGUGGAUUGAGGACAUCUCGCAUUGAAGCAAAUGGUGUGGAUUUGGAAACCAUUGACAAGAAAUGGACUGAUUACGCUCCUCUGCUGUUCAUCUAUGCUCCGGAACGGAAAGACGUUUCCAAUAAGAUACGCCAGCAUUACUUUUCAGAUCAACCUUUUGCUCACGAUUCAGGAGCAUUUCUCAAGAAUUUUACCAAAAUGAUGUCUGAUGGCUUGUUUUUUCAUUCUCUCCACAAAGCUGCCGCAUCUCACAGUCAACACGCACCUGUGCAUUUGUACUUUUAUGAAUACGAAUCCAGUCUUCCGGGUGUUUACAGUAUAUUAAAAUCAGUAAAAUCCGAUGAUUGGUUGUUGGCAGAAGUUAAAAUAGGAGUAUCAAUUCUCAAAGACUUUUUCAGAAAACUUUUCAACUAUCCUGGUCCUCAUGAAUAUGGUGCAUGUCAUGCUGACGACUUAGUACAGCUCUUUAAAAUGGACUGGAAAUUAGAAAUUGGGCAAAAAAGCGGAGAUUAUCAAUUUUCUAAGAACUUGGUCAAGACAUUUGUUGAUUUUGCAAGCAAUGUCGAGCCUUUAAAAUUCAAAGAUACAAGAUGGCCGGUGGUGGAAAAGGCUCAAACAGAUCCUCUAAUUUUAAUGAAACUUGACAAGGAUGGUGGCGUCAUACCAGAGCCAUUUUUCCAACAACUUGCAUUUUGGGAUUCCCUCAACAUUAGAAAUUGGAAAGAUAAAAUUGACUGGUAAUCAAGUGAUGGUCGUAGCUCGCUUAAAAUACCUCUGAAGUUCUGUGAUAUUAUUAUACCAAUAAUCAUUGUUUUAAGUAAAUAAAGAUCCAUAUAAAUGCCAAAUA